UCUGCCCGCCACCCCCUCCUUCUCCUUCCUCCUUCUCCGCUCUCCAUCCGUGCCUCUCUCUGCAUCUCCCUCUCGCCCCUUCUCUCUCUGCUCCUGCUUCUCUUCUCCCUGCCACGCAUUUCUUAUCACUCCCCCUCAUUCUGGCUUUCCACCCACUCACUCUCUUCUCCCUCUGCCUCUCUCUCCACCUCCGACCGACCCCCCUUUCCCCUCUAUUUCUAUUGGCUUCCGACAGUCCCUGCUCCCCUUUUCUUUUCCUUGGGAGUUUCUCUGUCCGCCCCCACACUGAGCUCCUGCCCACAGACCCCCCUCUGUGCCUCUAACCCCCCCCUCCUCCAGGACGUGUCCUGGAGAUGGGGGGGUGACGCACCAGGCGCCCGUGGAAAGUCAGGGCCGGAGACCAGAUGGGAGAGUCUCUGUGGGCAGCCGUGGCCGCUGCAAGCCUAGGAAGGGGCUCGGGCCCGUAAGCUGUCUAGAAGUGGGCAGUGUGUGGGGACCCCAGCUAAGGGUGCUCUGGGCACUUGGGGACUGGGCAGGGAGAGGGGGCAGCAGAAUGGUAACCAGCCUGGCGGCAAGCGGGGGACCCCUCACCCCAUGGGCAGGCCCAUAGCUGACUGCUGACCACCCCCAACCUCCUUGGCCAUGGACACCCCGGGCUACCCGGCCUCGGCGCCCACAACCUUGGAACCUGGGAACACCUCCUCAGCCUGGCUCCCAGACGCCACCCUGGGAAAUGGGUCGGCGGACCCAAGUGCAGCAGGGCUGGCCGUCAGCGGAGUCCUGAUCCCGCUCGUCUACCUGGCGGUGUGCGUGGUGGGCCUGCUGGGCAACUCCCUGGUCAUCUACGUGGUCCUGAAGCACACGGCCAGCCUGUCGGUCACUAAUGUCUACAUCCUCAACCUGGCCUUGGCCGAUGAGCUCUUCAUGCUGGGGCUGCCCUUCCUGGCAGCCCAGAAUGCCCUAUCCUACUGGCCCUUCGGCUCCCUCAUGUGCCGCCUGGUCAUGGCCGUGGACGGCAUCAACCAGUUCACCAGCAUCUUCUGCCUCACCGUCAUGAGUGUGGACCGAUACCUGGCCGUGGUGCACCCCACGCGCUCUGCCCGCUGGCGUACGGCUCCGGUGGCCCGCACGGUGAGCGUGGCCGUGUGGGUGGCCUCAGCGGUGGUGGUGCUGCCCGUGGUGGUCUUCUCGGGGGUACCCCACGGCAUGAGCACCUGCCACAUGCAGUGGCCCGAGCCGGCGGCGGCCUGGCGCGCCGGCUUCAUCAUCUACACGGCCGCACUGGGCUUCUUCGGGCCACUGCUGGUCAUCUGUCUUUGCUACUUGCUCAUCGUGGUCAAGGUGCGCUCGGCGGGGCGGCGGGUGCGGGCACCCUCGUGCCAGCGGCGGCGGCGCUCGGAGCGCAGAGUCACGCGCAUGGUGGUGGCCGUGGUGGCGCUCUUCGUCCUUUGCUGGAUGCCCUUCUACGUGCUCAACAUCGUCAACGUGGUGUGCCCGCUGCCCGAGGAGCCCGCCUUCUUCGGCCUCUACUUCCUGGUGGUGGCGCUGCCCUAUGCCAACAGCUGUGCCAACCCCAUCCUGUACGGCUUCCUCUCCUACCGCUUCAAGCAGGGUUUCCGCAGGGUCCUGCUGCGACCCUCCCGCCGUGUGCGCAGCCAGGAGCCUCCAGCCGGAGGACCUCUGGAGAAGACGGCAGAGGAGGAGGAGGAGGAGGAGGAGGAGGAGGGGGCAGGGAAGCAGGGGGAGAGGAAGAUGAAUGGCCGGGUCAGCCUCAUUGCGCAGCCUGGCACCAGCAGGCAGGAGCGACCGCCCAGUGGCAAAGUCAACAAGGACAAGCAGUUCCUCCCCCAAGAGGCCUCAGCGGGAGACAAGCCAGGCACACUGCACAUCAGCUAUCUGUAGGGGGGCCUAUGGAGGGCCAGCGUGCCCCCAGGACAGGACAGAGGCUGUGGGUAUACCAAGGGCAUGCUCUCCAAGGUGCCAGAGGCCUACGAUGGGAUGUUUGGAGGCCUGGGCUCUGAUCCUAGCUGCUGAGACUCACUGUGUGACCUUGCCUAGGACCCUUUCCUUCUCUGGGCCUUGCGUUCUUUUCUGUGACUCAGGGAUGUGAGUAAUCAGCCAGGACAAGCUCUGCUAGAUAAGAAGUCUGGAGGGGCAUCACCCCCAGCUGGCCUUCCGGAGCGGGGUCCAGGUUCAGGGGACAAGGCCAGACUGGCUUUCCCCUUCAAAGACAGAGCAUCCUGGGGGACCAGCCUGAAGGUUGGCCCUCAGAACAACACCAAGGUCUGGAUUUCCUAGGCUCAGAGCUAGGAUCACAGGGGAGGGACUGGGGUCCCAAGUAGAAGAAAGUUCUACCCAGGGCAGGGAGGGGUCCAAACCUGUUCAGGCCCCACAUCAGCUCCCCCGACAUGCUGCAAGGCCUCGGCCAGCUCUUCCUCUUCUUUGGGCCUCAGACCUCACCUGCUGAACAACUCAAUAACCUCCAGGCCCUCUUGGCCAGAUGUUAGUGCUGGGACUCCGUGUUCCUGGCCCUGAGAGGCGAUGGAUUUUCUAGGAAAGUCACUCAGGCCAGAUUCAGGGUCCCUUACCGCUUGGGCCCCCCCAAGGCCCCGUAUCUCAUUUUGUACUUGGAAUUUUAUAUUCUUUUUCAUAAAGAGGGUCUCCAAUCUGUGUUCAGUUGAGGCCACCCAAGGCCCUACUUGGCCCCUGUUGAGGGCAGCUGACCAAUUCCCAUAGUAGCUCAUGUCGUGAGGUUGUGGCUAGAAGGGGGAUGUCUCUGGGUCUCUGAGGGUUCCGGGAGCACCCCUUAUAGCAGCACCCAUUGGCAUCCCUCCCCUCCCAGAGACCAAGGCAGGCCCGGGUCAGGCAGACUGGUGGGGAAAGGCAGUGUCCUAACAGCAUGGGGUGGAGAAGGAGGGAGAGGGGGAGAGGGAGGAUGAAGAAGGUGGAGGAGGAAGAGAGGGAGUUGGAGGGAGGACAGAUCUGCUCCAGGACCGUGCUGUCCUUGGCCCCUCUGGGUGGAGCUCCGCGGCAGCACCGCUGAAGGCAUGCUGUGGGUGCCCGGCCCCGAUCAAUCUCGAGGAAAGCGUGCGGUCAGGGGAGGGACUGGGGUCAGGGUGGGAAAGGAAACACGCUGGAAGGUAUAGUGCUGGCUCCCUUGAGGGCCUGCCUGGGCUGGUAAGAGGGGCUGCCCCUUGAUGGUGGCCUAGGGCCAUUGCUGAGACUCAGGACCCCACGGGUCAGCGAGCAGCCCUCCCCGUUCUCUAUACUCUCCAGGGCCACAAUGUGGGGCACCCCAAGGAAGACAAGACAAGGGGGGCUAGAGGGGAACCACAGGAGAGGCCACUGUACGAGAAUUCUCUCCCAGAGAUAAGCCCUCGGGGCCAUCGUGAGACUGGCCCCGGGGCAGGGUGGCACCUCAGGCUAACUCCCUCAAUCCCCCACCCCAGCUAAGGGCAAGGGGGUCCUCAGGGAAAGUACGUGAACCAGAUUGGGAGACCUAAAUUUUCAACUCAACUCAGGAUCCUGGCUAGCCUUGACCUCUCUGGGGUUCAGUUUUCCCAUCAUAAAAUAGUAGGUUGUCCCAGUCUGCCCAGUUGCUCAGAAUUGGGGGUGGAAUGAAUUAUGUUGGACAAAUUGCCCCCCAUACUACAAUGGGUAGGGGUGGGUGUAUCCGAUUUUAAAGUAAAGUAUCAGAUUAUAAAGCCCCCAACCAGCAGUGGUCCACACCUGCUCCUUCAUCAGGCGGCCUCUCUGUCUCUGGCCCUUGGGGGUAAGAGCAGUGCGGGACCCAGGAUUGGGGGAAGGGGAGGAGGCAGAGGCCAAAGAUAAGAAGGCGGGACUUGGGGAGCUCGCCUGCUCAGAAGUUCCCCAAACAAGACCUUGUAUGGAUGUUGGAGCUGGAGGCCCAGCCCUCAGUCUGGGGUUCCUCUGAGAAGGAUGUGGGGGUCUGGCAUUUCAGCAUUUCCUGGCCAACCCUGCCUUCCUGACUCCUGGGACAGGUGAGUCUGUCCAGCACGGGUGGCUGGAAAGCCCCUGAGGGGGACCCUUCGCUGCUCCUGCCCCUUGCUCUUGUCAAUAAAGACAGUGACACAUG